AUGCAGCACAGCAUUGUGGACAUCAUCCCAAGCUUGAAGGCAUUUGCCGCUUUAAGAGAAGACCCAAUGAGCAACGGCUUCACCGUCAUGACGUGGGGUGAUCCACAAACUGGCGGAGACUCAAGUGCGGUGUCCCACCUGCUGAUUGGCCAAAUACUGCAGGUGGUGGCCAACGAUUGGGCAUUUGCAGCCAGAAGAGAUGACGGCAUGGUUGUUUGCUGGGGCGACCCAGCUUCUGGGGGCGACAGCUCAGCUGUACAGGAACGUAUCCAUCAAGCAGGUGGAGCCGUGGCCUUGUACAAGACGUCCAGGGCCUUUGCCGCGGUCCUCCAGGAUGGAUCCAUUUGCGCCUGGGGCGAGCCCAGCUGUGGAGGGGACUCCACCCCCGCCGAGUUUGAGCUGGGAGAAGAGAAGGUCCUGGACAUGUGUGCGAAUGAUUACGCAUUCGCUGCUCGGACUUCGCGCGGAUCCGUUGUUGCUUGGGGUCACAAGCUGUAUGGCGGCCACAUCGAGGAGGAGGCUGCUGCCAAGCUGCAGUCCGGCGUUACAAAGAUGAUCGGCAACAAGUUCUCCUUCCUCGCAAUGAAGAGAUCGGGCACCUACGUAACAUGA